GCCACCGCGCGCGCUUUUGUUCAGUUGAUCCUCGCGACCGGCGAAGUGCGCGCCGUUUCGAGCUUCUCUCUCCGCGCGAGCGCCGCACGAGACGCAGGCUGAGGAGAAAUAUCGUCUUUUUUGAGAUGGUUUCAACAAAAUAACUGAACACUUUCUACGAGAUUUUCAGAUUUAUACAUUUUGAAUGGUUUACCGCUGUUAUCACCACCUGCUCUGAAGGCAAGCGGCGGUUUAUCUGAGGCGACGCGGCAUUCCUGUGGACUUUUGACACGACGACGCUCUGUACUUCUGAGAAGAAUGCUGAGGGAGCUUCGCUUGCCAGGCCUACAGUCUCUCCUGGCUGUGUGUCUGUUCGUCACACUUGAACAUGGGACAGUAAGUUGUGACACACUGGUGAACAUGCGUAAGGUGACCCACCAGAGGGUCCAGGAGCCGCUGUCGGGUACAGCCCUCCUGCCCUGCGUUUUCACCCUGCACCCGAGUCCCUCUCAUGAACCUCCACGCAUUAAGUGGACCAAACUGUGGGGUCAGCGUGGCCCGGAUGGUCUCCAGAAGCAGCAAUCAAUUCUUGUGGCUAAAGACAAUAUAAUCAAGGUGAAGAAAGCCUUCCAGGGCCGCGUCACCUUGCCAGGGUACCCCGGGAACCGCUACAACGCCAGCUUGGCACUCACGGGCCUGCGUUCAAGUGACUCGGGAAUGUACCGCUGCGAAGUCGUGGUCGGGAUUAAUGACGAACAAGACACAAUCCCCCUGCAGGUUACAGGAGUGGUCUUUCAUUACCGCGCACCUCACGACCGCUACGCACUCUCCUUUGCCGACGCCAAAAGGGUUUGUGUGGAGAACUCUGGCGAGAUCGCCACACCCGCCCAGCUGCAGGCCACCUUUGAUGACGGCUAUGACAACUGCGAUGCCGGUUGGCUAUCGGAUCAGAGCGUCAGGUACCCCAUCCAGUCUCCACGGCCCGGCUGCUACGGCGACAGGGACGAUAUGCCCGGCGUGAGAAACUACGGAUUUCGAGACCCAGAUGAGAUGUUUGACACCUACUGCUUUGCCAACAACUUACAAGGUGAAGUAUUUCACACCAGUAUGCCAGAGAAGCUGAGCCUGGCCUUUGCCUCCACUCACUGUCACACUUUGGGAGGUCAGCUAGCCACAGUCGGGCAACUCUACCUGGCCUGGCAGGGAGGUUUAGACCGCUGCGACCCCGGCUGGCUGGCUGACGGCAGCGUGCGUUACCCUAUUAACCUAGCACGGCGUAACUGCGGGGGAGAUGAACCAGGGGUGCGGACUCUUUACCACAACCCCAAUCGUACUGGCUUUCCAGAAAACACUGACCUGUUUGAUGCCUACUGCUACAGAGAGAAGUCUGUUGAAGAUCAGCCAUUGUUACUCCACCAGACCCUGGAAAACACUUUCAACACUUCAGGCGAAGAAGAGGUCCAGCUCCAAAGAAAUGAAGUCUUUCCUGAACCUUCUACUUGGACUGGUCUGGUGGAUCUAGACAAGGAAGAUUUUAAAUCCAUUAUAAACAACGAAUCAUCUGAAAUCUCAGAGGAGCAUGUUGUGAUCCACCUUAGGCCUCGAGAGCGGUCUGUUGACUGGAAAGACGACGGCUCUGAGGAUGCUGUGGAGAAGCAAGAGAAUCUUCAAGGGGGCUCGGCUAAAGAGGAAACUGAUGAGAGUGAUGAUGCAAUGGGACUUGAUGCAUCUCCUGACCCCUCUUCAAUCACACCGUCCUCCUCUACACAAGCUCAGACCAGCAACAGCGUGAUAUCUAACUUUGUGAACUCAAUCAUGAAACCAUGGAGGUAUUGGACCGGUACUGGAGAUACUGGGAUACCAGCCACAGAGUCAAGCCUCUUCAAAGGAACCUCAGAAAUGGUCCCACCUGCCAGGACAAACCCAAGCAGAGGAAAAACAAUCAAGGGAGGUGUUGAUAACGCCAUAUUGGAGCCUGACACAAAGGAGCUUUCAUUCAACCCCUCCUUAACAGAUCCAGACGAGGGGCUCUUGGAGCAGGAGAAAGAAUUGGUCUUCGUUGCUGCACAGCCGGUGCUACAAACCCCAAGCCAAUCUGAAACUGAUCCAUCAUAUUCACAAACCAACAGCUUCACUAGCCCAUCUACAGGAGCGAUCGGAUCAGGAAUAGCAGACACGACCGUUUCUUCGAAUCCCUUGACGUCUAAGAGCAACUUUGGUGCCGCAUCCUUUCAACAGCUAUGGAUGCCAAAAUCUCUAAAAGCUUCUAAGUUCACCACUCCAGGCAAUAAUGAGCAAUUGGUAUUUCAAACCAGCAGUCCGAUGGAAGCCAAAGGAGGAGGGCUGGAGAUCAUGACCAUUCCCAUUUCCAAGAACAACCCUGAAAACUUCUCUGGGGAAGGAAAAGACCUGAAUGAGGACAAUUAUCCGGUUCCCAAAGGCACUCCGUUGCGAUUAUCUGCAGAGGAUGGAAAGGAAGCUGAGGGGAGUGGAGGGAAAGAGUUACCGUUCAUCCUUGACAGCCAAAUGAAAGAAACUGACCACUCCAGCGACCACAGCGUACCCCUGGAGACCACUGUCAGAUGGGAGCUUAUGAGCCUUCAAACAACUCAACCUACUGCUGAAUCCAGUUCAUCUGAACCCCCUAGCACAGUUGCGGAAGCCAAGGGUGAAAUCGUGUAUGUCCAUCGGCAGGUUGAGGAGCGCAAACACAAUCCCUCCAACCAAAUAAAUGUGCCUUUUGUCAAAAGGAAGCAGAGCGUAAAUUUGACCGGUGCGCCUGAAAUAGACACUUCCAAUGAAGCUACCACACCAAACCCUGUUACGACAGCUGCCGUUUCAGAGCAGGGGGAACUGAAAAACCCCUUCACCGUUGAAAACACCCCGUCCGGUGAUGUCAUCACCACUGAAGAUAUUUUGUGCACUACAGAUCCAGCGGUUUCCAGCACGUGGCUACCUGUGGUUCAAGAGGAAGAAGGUUCAACACAAGCACCUGUUCCUACCACAACAAUGACCAAAUCUGAACCUCCGAUGACGAGUAAUACAGUUCAGCCGACAAGCCCUGCUACAACGGAUGCUUCCCACGUGGCUGAGUCCAGGUCAGGAGUAUCCGAGUCAUUUGUGUUGGUUCAUGGCUGGGAAACUUCAGAACAAAUUCCUACAGACGACCAGUUGUUCGGGACUACAGGAAGUCCUGGAAACGAUACCACGAACAAAACCGAUGCUGGCUGGGAAAACGUCUCCUCCAGAAACUCAGCGGAGCAGGAUCCUUGCCAGACCAACCCGUGCCUGCAUGGUGGCAGCUGUCUGAUAGAGGGGGAGGGCUAUAGUUGUCUUUGCCCUCAGGGUUAUUCUGGAGAGAGCUGCGAGAUCGAUAUUGAUGAUUGUCAGUCCAAUCCGUGCCAAAAUGGGGGCACCUGUAUCGAUGAGAUCAAUUCUUUUGUGUGCUUGUGUCUGCCUAGCUACGGUGGAGCCACCUGUGAGAAAGACACGGAGGGUUGCGAGCACAGCUGGAGGAAGUUUCACGGUCACUGCUACAGAUAUUUUACACGCAGGCACACCUGGGAAGAUGCAGAGAAAGACUGCAGAGAACACAGCGGCCACCUGGCCAGCAUCCAUUCCACACAAGAGCAGGACUUCAUUAACGGUAUGAGUCAUGAGAACACGUGGAUUGGUCUAAAUGACAGAAUGGUUGAAGAUGACUUCCAAUGGACCGAUAAUAUGGACCUGCAAUAUGAGAACUGGAGAGAGAACCAGCCGGAUAAUUUCUUCGCGGGCGGAGAGGACUGCGUGGUUAUGAUCGCCCAUGAGAACGGCAAAUGGAACGACGUGCCCUGCAACUACAACCUGCCCUACAUCUGCAAGAAAGGCACAGUUCUGUGCGGAGCUCCGCCCACUGUGGACAACGCCUUUAUGAUUGGUCGGAAGCGUUCGCACUACGACAUACACUCCGUGGUGCGUUACCAGUGCGCCGAUGGAUUCCUCCAGCGCCAUAUCCCUACCACCAAAUGCCGCGCCAAUGGCAAAUGGGACCGACCCAAGAUCAUUUGUACGAAAUCACGAAGAUCUCACCGCUACAGACGCCAUCACCACAAAUCCCACCACGAGCGCAGAAAGCACAAGAGGCACGGAUCAGGGGGUCAUCGAGGUCAACAGGAGGGUCAUGGCCAUUUCUAACCAAAUAAUCCCCUUGCCCGUACCUGCAAAUCAAAACAUCCUUUCCUAACAGCCUUUCACCAAAUCUCCUUAUCUCUGACACCAACCUUUCACCCUUUCCUUUCCAUAUCUGGGUCAGUCUACCCCCGUGUGAUCAGAGGGGGCACUGCUGGACCUCACAAGGACUAUGACAAAUAUGUUUUUGGCUCUUAACUCAUUUCUUUAUCUGGUAAUGUUUCAUUUCAUUUUAGUGGAUCCUUCAGACCACAGGAAAAAUUUUCGUACCUUGAACGUAGAAAACACUCUUAACUGUUUAUGUAUUUUUACAUAAGCAUUAAUAGAGAGGGUGGGUCGGUACUCGAUGUAAAUAUCGUAUUUGGUUUUGAAACGCGGGAUUAUAUCAAAAUGAUCAAGAAAUACUUCUCCUAAAAAGGAUUUCUUGAUUGUUUUGAUGUCGCUUACCCUGAUUUUUACAGUAUUUCUGAGUAUAGAUGUGUUUUUAGUUGAGAGGAGUGGUGUUCAUUCUCAUUUUUCCAAACUGGUUGACUUGUCAUUGUUUUAACAGUUUUAAAAGAGCUCACCUAUUA